GUCAAUUGGCAAAUAGUUCAUUUCUUUGAAUUUUUUAAAAAAUAGUUUUGAUUGGCAUACGUUCAACUCUAAAAGACUUCAAGAAAAAAAAACUGUAUCAUUUGUUUUUCAAGCAAUUUGUUUGUACGUCAUGAUUUAUGUAAAAAAACAAUGCUACAAAGUUUCAUCAUGUUACCUUGGUGAUGAAAAUGAAAUUGACAUCGUUUACUAUAGUUCAUGAAUGAAUCAGCGAUUGUUUUUUCCCAAGAAAUUUUUGCGGUAAAUCGGAAACGGAGAUGAUGGGCUUUGAAUUAAUCCUACCAAGAUGAUGAAAUUUUCCUUUUAAAUUUGAUCUUCAGCAAUUUGAAGUCUACUCAAUCUAAUGAUAUACUUCGCAUUCUCAUUAUGCCGUUUUCAAAUUGUAAUUUUAUGAUGGAAAUAAGAAGUUAUCGCCAUGAGACGUCAUUAAUAUUUUGCGUCCUUUUAAUGCUUUGCAUUGCUAAAGAAAGUUACGCUAAAAUUUAUUCGGAUCAAUUUGUUAUUCAAAUGAAAGGUGGUUCACAAGUUGUUUCUGCGUUCGCCAAUGAGCACGGAUUUGAGUAUCUUGGAAAGAUAUUUGAUGAUCACUAUCAUCUGCAGCAUAAAAACGUGUUCAAAAGAUCAUUACAAAAAUCAGCUCUUCAUCAUGGUAUUCUUUCAAAUGACAGUAGGGUAAUUAAAUAUAAUCAACAAAUUGUUAAAAAAAGAACCAAAAGAGAUUUACAAAAACAGAAAGUGGAUUUAAAUGAUCCCAAAUGGCCGGACAUGUGGUAUUUGAACAGAGGCUUAGGUUUUGACAUGAAUGUUGAAACUGCUUGGGCGUUAGGUGCUACUGGGAGAGGAGUUGUAGUUACUAUUCUGGAUGAUGGCCUAGAAAAAGACCACCCAGAUUUAAAAGAGAAUUAUGAUCCUCAAGCCAGCUAUGAUAUCAACAGUAAAGAUCAUGAUCCACAACCUCGUUAUGAUCAUUUAGAUUCAAACAGACAUGGGACUAGGUGUGCUGGAGAAGUAGCAGCAAGUGCCAACAACAGUUUAUGCUCAGUUGGAAUUGCUUUUAGAGCUCAUGUUGGUGGAAUCCGCAUGCUUGAUGGAGAUGUUACGGAUGCAGUAGAAGCUCGUUCUCUGAGUCACAACCUCCAGCAUGUGGAUAUUUACAGUGCCUCAUGGGGUCCAGAUGAUGACGGUAGAACGGUAGAUGGCCCAGGCGAUCUUACGCUCCGAGCCUUUAAAGAUGGAAUUGAAAAGGGUCGUAGAGGCUAUGGCUCUAUUUUUGUUUGGGCUUCCGGAAAUGGUGGUCGCGAACAUGACAAUUGUAACUGUGAUGGCUAUACAAAUGCUAUAUGGACUUUAUCCAUUAGUAGUGCGACAGAGAAUGGUUUAGUGCCUUGGUACAGUGAAGCCUGCUCAUCUACUUUGGCUACAACUUACAGUAGUGGUUCAACUGGAGAAAAACAAAUAGUCACCACGGAUUUGCACCAUGGUUGUACAUCAUCACAUACAGGAACAUCUGCAUCUGCUCCUCUUGCUGCUGGAAUAUGUGCCUUGACUCUUGAAGCUAACCCAACUUUAACGUGGAGAGAUAUGCAGCAUAUUGUUGUGAGAACAGCAAAACCAGAUAAUUUAUAUGCUCGUGAUUGGAUCACAAAUGGCGUUGGAAGAAACGUAAGCCAUGCCUUUGGUUAUGGAAUGAUGGAUGCUGGAUCAAUGGUUCAGUUAGCUAGAUUAUGGUCCACUGUACCUGUGCAGAAGACAUGUGAAAUUCGAGGCAGUCAAAUGAAUCAUGGCAUUGCUGCAAAAAAUAAAGUUGAAGCUGUCCUUGAUGUGAAUUGCAAGAAUUUACGUUAUUUGGAGCAUGUUCAAGCUAAACUUACAAUUUCUGCUGCUAGAAGGGGAGAUUUACAAAUUUAUUUAACAUCUCCAAUGGAAACCAAAUCGACUUUGUUAGCUUCACGUCCUCCUGAUAACUCUCGAGCUGGUUUUCAAGAAUGGCCUUUCAUGUCUGUUCACAUGUGGGGAGAAAACCCAAAUGGCCUGUGGAAAUUAGAAGUUUAUAAUGAUGGAAAAUAUGGCGGCCGAGCUGUCUUAAAAAACUGGACUCUCAUCUUGUAUGGUACAGCUGAAAAUCCAGAUGAUUUUAUAAGAAAGAGAGAUAUUUUCAAUUUAGAUUUUAUGCACAGAUCUAGUGAUAUUUCAAGUCGCCAUUCAAUUGCAAAUCAAAAUCCAAAACUUUAUUUUGAUGGAUUUUCUAACAGCAUGCUUAAUGCGAAAAGUUCAAAAAAUAAAAAUAUUCAUUCUAAAGAUGAUGUUUUCCAUUUAUUUAAUGAUGCCAAUCACAUGCUUCCUAAUCAUUCAACAAGUUUGAAAAUUAAUGUAAAACUUCCUAUAGUAAUAUGUUUAUUAUUUUUUUUAGUAAUUACAUUUUAAAAUAUGACUUGCCAAGGAAAUGAAACGCACACUUUAUGAUAUGUGUUCAGUGUUAUAUUUUUUCACCAUUUUUAAUGUCUUAAAUUGAUCGAGCUUACAGGACAGUAUGGGUGAACUUUGUUAAUGCUCAGAUGGCAUCAUAAUCGGUUGCCUUUUCUGAAGAGAAAAUAGCAAAAGCCUGUGAUUUUAAUUGUUCACCAACGAUUUUAUUUCAAGCAUUUUAUAUUUUGACUACCUAAUCAAAAUAGAAUGAAUGUAUUGUAUUCUAAAAUAGAAAUAUGUGUUCAAGUUAUUUUAUUUAUAAUUUUUAUCUUAUUUUUUUUAUUUAUGUUUGUUACCAGUUAGAGAUGUGUAUUACUUCUGUACAAUGUCUAAGUACAGGUUUGAUUUUGACAUUCAACAAAAAUUAUCUAUUACUUUGUACUUUUGUAGAUAGACUGUGGAUGUGAAUUGUAUAUUUUGCUAAUUUAGUAUUUCUAGAAAUGUUUAAGGUAUAGACAUCAGCAUUUUAAUUCUGAAUUGUUUUCUUCAUUGAAGAUAAUCCAAGCUAGAUAAAUAUUUUGAUAAUUCAAACUUUCUAUUUAAAAGAAUUUCAUGUUCAUUAAAGCUAUAUCAUAAAAAAGGUUUUUUUUAAAAUUUAU